AUGGAUAUGGAUAUGGAUGAGGAUCCAUAUCCAGAGCCUGCCGAGCCACCAACUAGGACGCCCACGCAUCCCAUAGAGAUUUCAGACGGAUCAUCUUUCCAUGGUUCGCCUUAUAGAGGUCCCGACUCAUUUUCCCAGUGGUGGUGUAAUUAUAACUGGAAAUACACACCUUCCCACCACUCAUCACCACACCAACAGGUCCCCUCAGAGGACCCACAUUUUGAGGCGGUCACACCACCGCCACCGCUGCCGCCAGAGCAGCAACCGCCUCCUGAACCACCGAGGCGAAGAAGAUCAGGUGCACGAAUGUCCGUGCCGGGGGGAUUCCACUUCAGCACCCCCCAACACAGUAGCAUCAGCCACUACCCGCCGUUGUAUGAAGACCCACAAAUGGGUGGGCCUUCAAACCCAGUUUCCGAGGUUGACUCUCCGCCAGUCGCACCACCACCACCACACAUGGGUUUUGAUAACCCAAUAUCUUUUUACGCCGGUGCAGCAGCGUAUAACCCUUUUGAGCAGCCAGCCUACUCUGGCUAUAACUACUACAACGCCCCUAGUGUUAACCCGUAUCUCGAGGCGGCAAACUACAAUGCUCUUCAUCUUGAAGGGCCCUUUCAAGCUUCGUAUCCAACUGGAUACCCAGCAUAUGGGUAUCAAUACUUCAAGUCUUCUCACAUGGAAAUCUCUUAUAGGACCAUCAUUUUUGACUUUUCUCAUUGGACCAUCAAAUGGGAGUUUCUCAUUGGACCAUCAUAA